AUGGGUCUAGCAAGUGAGGAUAUGAUCAGUGCAUUUGUCAAACUCGAAGUGAAUGGAGCACGAGAUUCGUUACUCAAAAAAUAUUUCAAUGAGGAAAUUAGAGAUCCCCACCCUCCUAUUUUCUAUGCCUUCAAACAUUUGACCUUUAAAAAAACUCACGUCUUCCAUCCACCAGCACCAGAUCUUACUCCACCAGAGAACGAACUAGACCCUCUGAUACCGGAUCCUCCCAUUCCACCACCUCUUCCAACACCUGCUCUAGCUCCUCCUCCUCCUCUACCUCCACCACCUCCACCUCUUCCACCACCUCCACGAGCAUUUACAUCAGAACAUAUUAGGAUGAAUGAAAACGAAGAAGAGAAAGGAUUCAGAAGAGGAAAAGGGGGGAGAGUGUCAGUGACCAGUGAUGAGCUUGUGAGACAUCGAGAGAUAGAAUAG